AUGCUCCAGCUGGAAGUUGGCCCUGGCAGUACAAGUACGUCUGGAUGGCAGGUUUCUCUCGGCCGUCAGAACCUGCAGGGCAUAAACCCAAACGAAGUGUCCAGAACUGUUGCCAGAAUCCUUCUGCAUCCAAACUAUGACAGUAAUACCAACGACAACGACAUCGCUCUGCUCAGACUCUCCUCACCAGUCAAAUUCACAGACUACAUCAGACCUGUGUGUCUGGCAGCCAGUGACAGUGUGUUCAACAACGGUACUGAUAGCUGGGUCACUGGCUGGGGAGCAGUCAAGGAGGGAGUGUCAUUACCAUUCCCUGAAACUCUUCAAGAAGUUGAGGUUCCAGUUCUCGGAAACAGACAGUGUAACUGUCUCAAUGGAGUCGGCACAGUCACAGACAACAUGAUCUGUGCUGGUGUUCUGGCAGGAGGCAAAGACUCGUGUCAGGGCGACUCUGGAGGUCCAAUGGUGAACAAACAGGGCUCUGCCUGGGUCCAGUCUGGAGUAGUAAGUUUUGGUUUUGGCUGUGCUCGGCCCAAUCUGCCGGGAGUCUACUCCAGAGUGUCCACUUACCAGUCCUGGAUCAACUCCCACAUCAGCUCUGAUAAGCCAGGCUUUGUCCAGUUCACCUCCAGUGGGCUGGAUGCUGACAGCAGCUACACCUGUCCUGGUCUGCCACCUCCUGUUAUUAUUGCUACUACUACUGAUACUGCAGGACCAGAUGUUACAACCACAGAUUUACCAUCCAUGAUUUCAAGUGCUGAAUGUAAGUAA